CCAAUCACCGUGCAGGGGCGGGGCCGGCGGCGCCCCCCGGUCCCCCCGGUGAAGCGCGGCGGGCGCGGUGGGCGCGGGGCGCUCCGGGCGGUGCGGGCCGGGCCGGGGCCGCCCCGCCAUGUCCGUGAACAUGGAGGAGCUGCGGCACCAGGUGAUGAUCAACCAGUUCGUGCUGGCGGCGGGCUGCGCCGCCGACCAGGCCAAGCAGCUGCUGCAGGCGGCACACUGGCAGUUCGAGACAGCCCUCAGCGCCUUCUUCCAGGAGACCAACAUUCCCAGCAGCCACCAUCCCCCCCAGAUGAUGUGCACCCCCAGCAACACGCCGGCCACGCCGCCCAACUUUCCGGACGCGUUGGCCAUGUUCUCCAAGCUGCGCACCUCGGAGAGCCUGCAGAGCAGCAACAGCCCCAUCACCUCCAUGGCCUGCUCCCCCCCAGGCAGCUUCAGCCCCUUCUGGGCCUCCUCGCCCCCCAGCCACCAGCCUGCCUGGCUGCCCCCGUCCUCGCCCACCACCCACGGCCUCCACCACCACCUGCACCACCCGCAGCCCUCCUGGCCGCCCACCCCCCCGGCCCCUGCCCCCCCACAGAAAGCCGUGGCCACCAUGGAUGGGCAGAGAUAAGGCUGGGGCUGUCGGGGGGGUCAGGGGGGGCCGGGCCGGGGCGUUGGGAGCGGGGGCUCGCUGAGAAACGCACUGGAAUAAUUUUCUAGGUUUUAUUAUUAUUUUUAGGGGGGGGGAGGACAUGCUGCCAGGGGGCGCACUGACCCGUGAGAGCCUCUGGCUGCUCUCUACUCCCCUCCCCUUUUUUAAAAAAAAUAUAUAACUAUAAUAUAUAAAUAUAUCUAAUGUAUAUAGAUCCAGAGAGAAGGAGCAGCAGCAUGGAGGCAGCUGCUGGGUGUCUGGGGGUUUUCCCUGUGGCUCUAUCCCCACCCAGCAUCUCUACAUCAGGGCAGGAGAGGGAAGGGGAGGAGAGGAAUAACAAAAAUAAAUGGAUGGAGGUGGCUGUUGGCACUCCAGAUCAUAGCCACACGGACAUGGAGCCACUGGAUACCCUCCCCAGCUCUGGCUUCCCUGGACUGCAACACUUGUUGCAGUGCCCAGAGCAAAAGCAGCUCUCUGGCUCCCGAAAUUCAGCCCGGCUUCUUGCACAGACUCCCCCUGGACUUGCCCCCAACCCCAUCCUCCCUCCCUCAGCACCCCCAGGGCCUGGGGGUUUAUCAAAGUGAUGUCCCCCUGUCCCUGUGACCGCCCUACGUGGUGCUUCCCCAGGCAGGGGGGAGCUGGGGGUUUUUUAGUUUUCAAAUCAAUGUUGCUUAAAAAAAACAAACAGAAAAACAAACCAAAAAAAAAAAAAGGAUAAAAAAGACCCAGCAAAAACAGGUUGAAGGUUUUUUAUUAAUUUAAAAAUAAUAAAAAUUAAAAAAAAAAUCA